GACCGCGAGGAGCCUCCGGUGUCUGUCCCCGUGUCUCCAGGAGAAAUGAUGAGACUGUUGGUGAAGCAGCAAGUCCACGCGGCCGUUGAAGAGUCUUUUGGGCUGUUGGACACAUUGACAGCAGCUUAUGAGGACACCGUGUCUCAGUUGAGAGAACAAUGGCGACACCCAUCAGAUGUCCAGCAGCAGGUAGGGAUUAGAGCAUAUGUCCCCCCUGAGGACCAGGAGGAGCCGGAGCCACUCCACAUAAAAGAGGAGCCGGAGCCACUCCACAUAAAAGAGGAGCCGGAGCCCCACCACAUAAAAGACCUGCAGGAUCUCUGGACCCGUCUAGAGGGAGAUCAGCUCAUUGUGCUGGAGGAGGCCGAUAUCGCCACGUUCUCAUUCACUGCUGUUACUUUGGAGAGUGAAGAUGACGAACCUCAGACCUCACAGCUUCAUCAAAGCCAGUCGGAGGACGACAGAGAGGCGGAGCCUCCAGCCAGCAGCUCAGCUACACCGAUACAAACAGAAACUGAUGAAGACGACUGUGGGGGAUCAGGACCAGAAAGGAACCUAAAUCCACAUCGUCAUUCACAUCCAAUUGCUGAUGAUGAAGAGGCUUCAGACUCUUCUGAGACUGAAGCCAGUUGUGGUGAUUGGCAAGAAGCUUUGUCAGAUUCUGGACCUGAAAGUGUAGAUGGCGACAAUGUCUGGAAGGAGACCAGGACAUCUGAGUCUGCUGCACAUGCCCUGAAAUAUAAGGAAGCUCUUGUAAGUCAUGUAGGAUGUAACACUGGCAACAAAUGCAAGGAAUCACUAUCAAAAGUGAGAAAGAAACCAUUCAGUUGUAACGAGUGUGGGAAAAGAUUUACAAGUCAGGGAAAUCUGAAGACACAUAUGAGAGUCCACACAGGAGAGAAACCAUUCAGUUGUGUCGAGUGUGGGAAAAGAUGUACACAACAGGGAGAUCUGAAGAAACACAUCAGAGUCCACACAGGAGAGAAACCAUUCAGUUGUUGCGAGUGUGGGAAAAGAUUUGCAUUACAGGGAAAUCUGAAGAGCCACAUGAGAGUCCACACAGGAGAGAAACCAUUCAGCUGUGAUGAGUGUGGGAAAAGAUUUGCAGGACAGGGAAAUCUGAAGAGCCACAUGAGAGUCCACACAGGAGAGAAACCAAUCAGUUGUGACGAGUGUGGGAAAAGAUUUGCAGUACAGGGACGUCUGAAAAAACACAUGAGUGUCCACACAGGAGAGAAACCAUUCAGUUGUGAUGUGUGUGGGAAAAGAUGUACGCAACAGGUAGGUCUGAAGACACACAUGAGAGUCCACACAGUAGAGAAGCCAAUCAGUUGUAAUGUGUGUGGGAAAAGAUUUAAGCAUCAGGGAAAUCUGAAGAGACACAUGGUAGUCCACACAGGAGAGAAACCAUUCAGUUGUGGUGUGUGUGGGAAAAGAUUUACAGAACAGGGAAAUCUGAAAACACACAUGAGAGUCCACACAGGAUAUAAUGUGUUUCUUCCAGUAGUGACAAAUUCCACAUGGAAGUUGUUCUCUUUCUAAUGUGUGAAUUAAAAAAAUAAGUAAAAUGUUUUUAAUUGUUUCCCAUGUCAUUUAUUUGUAAAUGAGAUGGAAGACAAAGUGUUUUCUAAUCGUUUGAUGAAUCUUUAUUAAAAACAAUGACAACAUACUGAGUGUCUUUGAUGGAGGAAACUAAAAACAAACUAAAAACUCUGUACAAAUACAUCAGUAUUUAAAAUGCAUUUUCCCUGUAAUGUUUUAAAAUCGACACUACCGUUCAAAAGUUUGGGGUCACUUAGAAAUGUCUUUAUUUUUCAAAGAAAAGCACUGUUUUUUCAAUAAAGAUAACAUUAAAUUAAUCCAAAAUACACUAUAUACAUUGUUAAUGUGGUAAAUUAAUAUUCAGGGUGGAAGUGUCUGGUUUCUAAUGAAAUGUCUCCAGAGGUGUAUAGAGGCCCAUUUCCAUCAACUAUCACUCCAGUGUUCUAAUCGUACAUUGUGUUUGCUAAUCGCCUUAGAAGACUAAUGUCUGAUUAGAAAACCCUUGUGCAAUUAUGCUAGCACAGCUGAAAACAGUUAUGCUCGUGAUAUAAGCUAUACAACUGGCCUUUCUUUGAGCUUGAAGUUUGAUGAACAAAAUUAAUACUUCAAAUAUUAAUCAUUAUUUCUAACCUUGUCAAUGUCUUGACUAUAUGUUCUAUGAAAUGUUCAAUUCAUUUGAUAAAUAAAAGUGUGAGUUUUCAUGGAAGACACAAAAUUGUCUGGAUGACCCCAAACUUUUGAACGGUAGUGUACAAAAAGAGACUUUUGCAAGUCCACUUUGUGCGACGGAAACUUUGUUACACUUUCUCUUACAGAUCCCAUUGUUUUGUAUAAUUCUCAAGAAAUUUGUUUCUAUGCAACUAUAAACUCACAGGAAGAUUCUUGUAAAAGAUUUGAUGGAUAGUUAGCGUGAAAGUAGAGACACUUUUUAACUGCCUGUACCAAUUUGUGUCUUUUGUCACCUAGAAAGCCUUUUAUUUCAGUUGUACUAUUGUCUAAAGGCAAGCAAAUUGUUUAAAAUACAGUGGGUACGGAAAGUAUUCAGACCCCUUUAAAAUGUUUACUCUUUGUUUCAGUGCAGCAAUUUGCCAAAAUCAAAAAAGUAAUUAAUUGUAUGUCUCAUUCAUGUAACUCAGCUCCAUCUUGACAGAGAAAAAAAAAUUAGACAUUUUUGCAAAUUUAUUAAAAAAGAAAAACUGAAAUCUCCCAUGGUGCUCAGUCUUCUGAGUCUCAGUGGUGAGUAGAACCUUGGAGCUCUACAGCAGGAGUCUUCUUGGGGAUGAUGCAACAUGUGGUCAUACCUGGAUUUGGGGAUCCUGCCGUUCUUCAACAGAUCCUCUCCAGCUCCGUCAGGUUGGUGAAUGUUGGGGUUCAGGGCUCUGCUGGGCCAGUCCACAAGGGUCCAGAGUUGUUCCCAAGCCACUCCUUUGUUCUUUGAGCUGUGUGCUUAGGGUCAUGGUCUUGUUGAAGGUGAACCUUCGGCCCAGUCUGAGGUCCAGAGCCUCUGAAGAGCUUUUCUUCAGGAUAUCUCUGUACUUGGCCUCAUUCAUCGUUCCUUCCAUGUCAACCAGUCGUCCUGUCCCUGCAGCUGAAGACUUUUCAAACCCCGUCAGAGGUUCACUCGCACAGGAAGCCUCUCGCGCCUGACCGGGCAAUCGCGGAAAGGCGUGAGAGGCUCCCCACCGACCAACCGUCCGUCCGACUCUGCGACUGCGAGUCGUUUCCCCAGAAUUCAGAUUGUCAAAAUGUUGGUUGAUCCACCGUCAGGAAAAAAAGAAGAAGACGACGGGGAGGAAUUCGACCAAGUGCACGAUAGAACUCGGCCGGCUCUGCUUUUGAUGAUGAUGACUGAAAUAAUGUGCGAUUGCGCUCACACACAUGUCUCUUUCCUCUCGGCAAAACGACUAGGCCGUCGUCCUUUCCAGCAGUACAUGCCCAGCAAGCUGGUAAAAUACGAGAUCAUGUCGUGGCUGGCCUGCGACGCCAGAUUCAGCUACGCUUGGAAGAUGCAAGUCUACACCAGGAAGCCGAGCGGCAGACGCCCGGAAAAGAACCUGGGCACGAGGGUCGUGCUCGACGUGACCGAGGGACUGACAGGGCGUGACGGGGCGUGACGUCACGUGCGACAAUUUCUUCACCUCCUAUGAACUCACGCGGCGGCUCCUGAUCAGGAACAACACCGUGGUCGGCACGGGGAGAAAGAACAAGCCCGAGCUCCCCACUGCGCUGCUCGCGUGUGGGCGGAGAGAUUAUGGUACUACAAGCUCCUUAAGAUAUCAUGGUGCAUCACCAAUCAAGGCUUUGUAGGUUAAGAGAAGAAUUUUAAAAGUGAUUCUUAAUUUUACAGGGAGCCAAUGCAGAGCAGCUAGUGCAGGAGUGAUGUGAUCUCUGUUCUUAGUUUUAGUGAGAACACGAGCUGCAGCAUUCUGGAUCAACUGGAGGGACCUAAGAAUCUUAUUAGAGCAGCCUGAUAAUAAAGACUUGCAGUAAUCAAGUCUCGAAGUAACAAACGCGUGAACCAAUUUUUCUGCAUCUUUUUGAGACAAGAUGUGCCUGAUUUUUGAAAUAUUACGUAGAUUACAUGACAUCUAUUGUUCUGUCGAUCCUGGAGAGGGAUCCUCCUCUGUUGCUCUCCUGAAGGUUUCUUCCCUUUUUUCCCCGUGAAGGGUUGUUUGGGAGUUGUUCCUGAUCCGAUGUGAAGUUAAAGGUCAGGGAUGUCUAUGUGUACAGAUUGUAAAGCGCUCUGAGAGAAAUUUGUAAUUUGUGAGAAUGGGCUCUACAAAUAAACUGAAUUGAAUUUAAAAAACUGAAUAAAUUUGCAAGGAUUUCUACAUUAGUUUAGUCAAGAUGGUGCUGAGUGACAUUAAUGAGACAUCAAAUUAACUUUUUUGAUUUUAUCAAAUGGCUGCACUGAAACAAAGAGUGCACAUUCCGUAACCACUAUAUUUUAAACUUUUUGCUCGGCUCAAUUUCAAGAUUUUUUUACCAAAGUCUAUGGAUGUUGUCCCCAGGUUCGUCUAUGGAGCUCAAUUCGUGUGGGAAAAACACAACAUCAAAUAGUUGAGAUUUAAGGGACAUAAAGAACAACUUAAAUCAAGUACACAUAUUUAAAAUGAAAAAGAAACGUUGUCUUAGUGGGCAGUCAUCAUGUUCAUCCAACUCGUGGGUAGCUCGCCAUCUUCAUCGGAUACAAAUUUGUAUCCGCUCAAAAACCUGACCUAUACAAAAGGUCACAUAAAAACAGUUAAUUCAAAACACAACAUGUUUUCAAGAGCAGUAACCAAAAGCACUGACAGGGCAAAUACAAAGGAAAAGAAAAACAUGUAAUAUAAAAAAAUGGGAGUCUAACAUUGACACAAAAUAUGCGAAGCACAUUGCACAGUCCACAACACAAAAUGCACUUAAAAGUAGUCAUAUUUAUUAGGACUUGGGUCCUGGAUUGGCCAAUUAAAAGAUGUUCCUUCCUGAGCCAAUCAGUGGGUUACACUUGCCUUUAGCUAAUAGUACAACUAUAAUAAAAGGCUUUCUAGGUGCCCGCAACAUCAGUCAUAGAAUGUGUUACUUCUGGCCCGCCAGAUCUGUCAGAAUAAAUAAAUCAUAAAAACUUGAAA